AUGGCCGGUGGUGCUGCUCUUGCGCAGCCAUCGCGUCGGUUCCUUCCCGCCCCAGCCAACCCGCCUGUCCAGCGGCAGAUAGGGAACCGCUGCAUGGGAGGAUCAGUUCUCAGGCUUGGAGGCGGCGGCAAAUGGGGGAGGUUGCCGGUGGCGGCGUGCUUGUUGGAGAGCACUGGGAGCGGGGCAGUUGGAGAGGGAGGGAAGAAGGGAGUCAUCGGCGGUGGCGGAUUUGGGACGUUGCCCAACUCUAAUUACGUUGUUCCCUUGGACAAGGCGGCUCUGGGGAUCAUCCGGCCGCUGGGGGAGAUCCUGAGGGACCUGAACAAGAAGGUCACCGAGAACAUUAUCAACAAGGUCGACAGGUCCAUCCCUUGGUAUGAACAGUCAUCCUCCUUCUAGCCCCUUUCAUCGGAAAAUUAAGGGAAAAUAGUCUAGAAGAGAUAGGUUCAGCUCGCAUACUCUGCUGUUAACUUCUCUUCAGAUAUGACUCCCAUAAAUGCCGUCCGGGUUAUCUGGAUUUUCCACCUAUGGGAGCAUUAUCUGUGUGUCUUAUUAAUCGUUAGGAGUGGGAAAAGUUGAGGAAGCAGAAGAACAUUUGCAGUGCGACUUUUUCUUUCCUCUUUGGGUUCAUCUGUUGGCGCUACCCUGCAGAUGUUUUCUCUCUGGUUGCUGUAAUUGUUACCUUCCACUGAAUUCCGAUCUCUUCUUUACUGUUUCCUUCUACAGGUACCAUGUGAACCGAUUGCUGAGCUUCUACGCCCCAGGUCAAACUUUCAUCUUUUUAUUUGGCGUGCCAGAUCCCAUGCUUCGCUAUUUCUCCUUUCCCUCUUCUUGUUUGCAUCCCGGUUCUUCUGCUUCUUUGCGUUGGAAUGAAGAUUGAUGACAUGAAUGCUUGAAACCCCGACAUACCAUCUGACCCAGCUAUUCAACGAAUUUUAAAUUAUUGGUUCGGAUGUCCAUAAGCAUUCACAGGAGAUUAGGCUUGUGGUGUGUAUCAGGAGACUCCAUUCCUGUAUAGUAGGCCUAUAUCUAAAUUCAAGGUUUUUCCAGAGGAACAAAGAUAUUCUCAAAAUAAAUGGUCAAUGUGGCCAGAUGAUGGCUAGUAAUUGACUUAAUGGACACUACUGAUUGACUUCUGUGUCCCUUUCUGAUCCACUGGCGAUAAUUGCCGAUCCCUAGAUUAGAGCUAGUUUAUUAAUUCGUUGAUUCGAGAAAGUUUGAUGGGAUUUCUGUUAAACAAGAGAAGCUCAUCGGCAUAGCAGGGGAGAUCAGAAAGUCAACUUUGUUUGCAGGCAUCUUACCCAUAAAGUCAGCCUCAUUGUUUCCUCUUUCGCACGCUUUUUUAUUUUUGUCACGAGAUCAGAAACUUUGAAAACCGUAGAACUUUGAAUUAAAAGUUGGAUUAUUGCAAUGCGAUUAAUGUGUAUGUAAUGGGCAUCCAACCGGGCUGUUACAGACUUGACCUUUGGUCGUAACCAAGUUUUGGGUCCCCUUAUGCGUUCCAACUUCCUUGUCCACUUCAUCUACUUGCUUCAGGGUUUUUUGGGUCUCCAUGUGCAACAUUCUAUUGAAUUCAAUAGCACCAGAGACGAGGGAAGGGUUGCUUCAUCCAGUAAUCUCUCUUGUACUGUGCAACGAAUGGACCUUUUAUGGAUGGGCUUUUCUUUAUUCCAUUUUGACCUUUUAAUUUUUCUUCUGGAAGUUUUAAUCGUAGAAAAGAAACAUAUAUGAAAACUAAAGCACCUCAAAUGGAGUCUACACCCUCAGAAAUCAAGUUCUCUUAGUUCUGAUUUGUGAGAGUCCGUCUAGGCUUGGAAACUUGGUAGGGUAACUGCGAAUGUUGAAGUAUACUCUUUGAAUCAGGCCUAGUAGAUGCUAUCUAUGCAUCUAUUGAACAUUCUCCUCUUCUACUGGGAAUAUGAACUAGGAAGACGAACUUGAGAGCCAAUGAGAUGUGUAGUAUCGAUGUGUGUUUUAAGCGACUGUAAGAGCCUUGGUAGAUAAAUCACGAUGGCCCAUCUGAGUAUGGCUUCUUUAUGUGUCGUUAGGGACCAGGAAUGCUGUGUGAUGAAAGUUCUUUCGUGCAUGCUCUUAUUCAAGCUACUGUUUGUAAUGUUAGAAACUAACUUCUUCCCUAGUCAUUGGCAUAUAAGACGCCAACCCUCCAUUCCAUGCCUUGUUUAAAAUCGAAUCAGUCUCACUAGGCUGAUUCCAGCAUAGUUGAAUUCAUUCAAGAAAGGCAGUUUCUUAAACAUUCGGUCAGAUCAGCAUUGAUUCAUCAGAUAUUGGAUUAUUUACUCUACGGCAUCAAGGAGCUUUUGAUAAUGGCAUGUGCUGAUUGCUGGGUAAUCCUCUGGUUGCAGGUUGGUGUGGGGAAAUAAGGAAUGUUAUCUUCUCCGAUGAUGGAACUGUGACGGUUGUUUACCGUGUCACUGUCCGAGGAUCUGAUGGAGAGGUAACUUACUUUGUGUGCCUGAGAUUUAUCUCUUAUUGACCUUUUAAUCGAUAUUUAUCUGCAAAACAACAUCACGUCAUGUUUGUAUGCAUCAAACUUGAUUCUGUAGUGUGAAGGAAUUAUUUUCUGCGUACAUUGAUGGAUGAUUUCUCUAAUCAGGUUUAUUUUUUUUAGUUAAGUUCAGUUCAUUCCUAGUCUUCUGGUGUUUCAUCAAACUGACCUUUAAAGCUCAGUUUCCUCCAGUUUGUAGCCAUUAGACAGAUCAGGAAAGAUUAGUGUUUAAACAUUAAUUCAAGACUUAAAUAUCAACUUCCUUGUGAAUUUUAUACCACAAGAUUAGUGUUUGGACGCUGGUCAAGACGGAAAGAUGCCAGUCUUGUUCGUUGGAAGUUCUUGUUUUCUUCCUUCUACAUCUCCUCCCAUACAUACCCUCAUAUAACCAAUGGAUUUCUAAACUCUUCUUCUUCUUCUUCUGGGCAAAUUGAUCGUAGUUUUCUUAAUUUUGCUCUUGAAUGAUUUUGGUCUGAGCUCAAAACCAGCCCCAUGCUCUCACUGCCUGCGAUCAUCUGACCUUUACAGUUCUCAUAUGAGCUAAAGGGCUUGCAAAAUCUGACCGAAGAAAGAAAUUCUAACAUCUGAGUUGCAGGCGCACCGCGAAUCCACUGGGACUGCAUCCUGCACUGACGGCACAGAAGGAGAUCCCGUUGCUCUGGCAGAGGAGAUAGCCUUCUGCAGGGCGUGUGCUCGCUUUGGGCUCGGCCUCUACCUGUACCAUGAGGAUGACCACCUCUAG